AAAGCGAAAGGAGAAUGAAAGUUACGAUUGGAGGGCGAGACACCACGUGACGUCAGUGUGGUGGAAACUCCAAUUCCCAGUUUGCCUUUCGGUUUAGCUUGCCGCUUCAUCCGCCUGAACCUGUGUGUGUGAGCGAGAGAUUCACAAGCUGACGAUGUAUCUUCGUAGGGCUCUGAUAGCCGGUGGUUCGGCGGCUGCAGCGGCGGCAGCUAUUCUGGGUGCGGUGGCGGCAGGCAAAAGCAAAGGAGGCUCAGACUUGGAUAUUGUCUCCGUGCCACCGCCGUUGGCAACUGGGCAGUGGGACAGAAACUGGGACCGUCGGGAACCUAUCUCUAUGUUCAACUUGAGUAAGAUCAACGGGGAGACUGGGGAGGAGGAGCUUCAACUCCAUCGGAACAAGCACAAGCCUAAAGCCACUCGCCAUAUUUUCCUGAUCCGACACUCACAGUACAAACUGGAUGGGAAAUCUGAUUUUGACAGGGUCCUUACACCUCUUGGGCGCCAGCAGGCAGAUCUAACAGGGCAGCGACUGGCAAGUUUAGGAUAUAAAUACACCCACAUUGUGUACUCGACAAUGACAAGAGCAAAAGAGACAACAGAGAUCAUAAGCAAAUACCUGCCAGAUGUGAAGAAAUCCAGCUCUGAUUUGCUUCGGGAAGGAGCCCCCAUCAGACCUGAACCCCAAGUUUGUCACUGGAAGCCAGAUUUUGUGCAGUAUUAUGAGGACGGCCCUCGGAUUGAGGCUGCAUUCAGACAGUUCAUUCAUCGCGCUGAUCCCAAGCAGGAAGAAGACAGUUAUGAGAUCUUAAUCUGCCACGCCAAUGUUAUUCGUUAUAUAGUAUGCAGAGCUUUACAGUUCCCUCCCGAGGCCUGGCUCCGCAUCUCUCUUAAUAACGGCAGCAUCACUUCCCUGGUAAUCCGUCCCAAUGGCAAUGUCUCUCUCAGGAUGCUUGGUGACUCUGGCUUUAUGCCUCCUGAAAAAAUUAGCCGGACAUGAGGAGCAACCCUAUUCCUCAAAGCUUUCCCACUGCCUGCCCAGAAGAUUUUUAGAAGAUGUUUAAUGCUGCACAGUUACCAGCAUCUGGCCCAUUCUGUGCCUUUUUUUCUUGGGUUGGGCUGGACUUUAACAUUCCUUAGUCAAACCUUUCCAUUGCUGGAGAGAGUGCAAGCAUUUUCUACCGAGUGAUGUAUGCUGCUGGAUAUAGUUGUAGUAGGGACACAAGUUUUCACUGGCCGGAUAUGAAAGAAACACACUGGGAGGUAUUGUGCUCUCCAUGGCAUCCGGUUCAGCAGAAUAUUCUCAGCAAAGAAAUCGAAGGCAUUGCAGUUAAUGUGUGGCUUAAUAGAAGUACAGUAUAACCCAAAUUUACGUCCCCGGAUUUAACGGUUUCCCGCAUUUUACAUUUUUUUCCUGUGGUCCCAUCAUUUUCAUUGCAUUUCUGUUUUAUGUUGAAGAUUUAACUUGAAAUGAACGGUGUAGAUUUUUUAGCUGAAUUCUAAUUCGGAACAUUAGUAUAUAAUGUUGAGUGUUGGGGUGAAACUCAGCCUGCGGAUAAGCACACGCUGAGAAGCAGCUCCUACACUACAAUCUGCACUUCCAUUACAAAUGCAUUGUGUCCCAAGCUUCUCUUCAUUAUACUGGGCUGGGGUAGAGGGAUACACUGAUAAUGUGGAAGAAGUGACUUUACAGGGUAUAUCUGAAGGAUAUCGGCUUGCACUGGGCUUUUUUUGGAGGUUAGAACUCCCCUGGUGGAUUAUAUUGGGCAUGAGAUUCUCCUGUAUCUACAUGAAACACCAGUCUAAGAAUGUGCUAACUUUAUAUUUUGUGAAAUACCGUUGGAGGGAUACAUUUCCCUUAGAGAGUAAAUGUAAGUUUUAAUAUAUUUUCAAUAACCGUGAAUAAAACAUUAUUUCUAUGUA